AGUAAACCACUCAGCUGCUACUCUGACUAUACCAAACCAGAAAAACUUUUAAUUUUGAACUAAAACAAGAACAAGCAUUAUUCUCUAGGGUUUCUGAUCGGAUUUUCAAGCUCAGGUUAAGUUGCAUGAUGUCUCAUUUUUCGAGAAGAGCAGGAGAUAUUGGAAGUGAUUCUGAGUUCAAACGUUAUGAAUAUAGGUAUUAUGAAGAUCUGAAGCGGGGGACCAUUGAAAUUAGAACUUCAAAUUCAGACUAUAUGUGCCCUUUUUGUAAGGGAGAUUAUGUCCCUUUUGAUGAGCUUCUCGAGCAUGCCUAUCGCCAUAUUAAACGCCGGUCUUAUCAGAGAAUUGAUGUCAAGGAUCAAGGUAGGCAUUCCGCUUUGGAGUGUUAUAUGGUUAGGUACCUUAAGGGUAAGGAGAAGAAGCAAAGGCGAAAUGAGUCUCCCAUUGUACAUCAUGAGGACAAGAAGCCGAGGCGUAGUCUCCCCAUGAUAAAUGAGUCUUCCAUUGUGCAUCAUGAGGAUGAGCAAUUGUUUGUUUGUCCUUGGAUGGGGAUUGUUGCUAAUAUCCAGACUAAGAUGGAAGGUGGACGUCGGGUGGGUGAGAGUGGGUCCAAACUCAGGGAUGAGUUAACUAUAAAAGGAUUUAACCCAGUCAAGGUGAAUCCUAUAUGGAAUCGCUUUGGCCACUCUGGGUUUGCAAUUGUCGACUUUAAGAAAGAUUGGGAUGGUUUCGCGGAUGCGCUUAUGUUUGAGAAAGACUUUCAAGUUAAUCAUUGUGGGAAGAAGGAUUAUGGAAGGCUCACAGAGAAAGAAAGGGGAGAUGAGUUGUUUGGAUGGGUUGCGAGAGAAGAUGAUUAUAACAACAGAGGUGUUAUUGCUGAUCAUUUGAGAAAGAGUGGGGAUUUAAAAAGUGUCUCCAGCAAAGAAGCUGAGGAUCAAAGGAAGAAUUCGACUCUUCUGACCAAGUUGACCAAUACUUUACAAAUGAAGAACGAGAGUGUUGCAAAAAUGGAGAUCAAAUGCACCAAGAAAAAAGCAGCUUUGGACAAGAAAAUGUUGGAAUUGGAGGCUAUUGUCAUACGUUAUAAUGAUGAAAGAAGAAGGAUGGAGCAGGAUUCUCGUGAUUAUUUUGAGAAGAUCUCCUUCGAGCAUGAGAAGGUGACCCAACAUCUGGAAGCUCAGAGAAAAGAUUUGGACCAGCAUGCGCGGCAUCUACAACAACGCGAGAAUGACAUUGAGAUGAGGAAACUUCAUGACAAAAGGAAAAUGAAUGAGAAUGCAAUCUUGGAGCAGAAGAAGGUAAAUAAGAGUAUAUGGAGGCUAGCAGAAGAACAAAAGACACAAAAAGAGAAACUUCGAAAGAAGAUUCUUGAGCUGGAAAAGCAACUUGAUGCUAAACAAGCUUUGGAGUUGGAGAUAGAGCGCAUGAAGGGUACUUUACAAGUAAUGAACCACAUGGGAAAUGAAGAGGACAAUGAUGUCAAGAAAAAGAUGGAGGCAAUACAAGAAGAACUAAAUGAAAAAGAAGAAGAUUUAGAAGCCUUGGACGCUCUUAAUCAAACUCUUAUGAUCAAGGAGAGAAUGAAUAAUGAUCAGUUGCAAGAUGCUCGCAAGGAAUUAAUAAGUGGUUUAGGUGAGAAUACCCGCGCUUUAAUUCGUGUAAAGAAAAUGGGAGAGCUUGAUGGUAAGCCAUUCCAGGCGGCAGCCAAGAGCAAAUUUCCCGAUGAAGAUGCCGAUGUGAAAGCAGGGGAACUAUGCUCAUUAUGGGAUCAUAAUUUGAGAGACCCUAAUUGGCACCCAUUUAAGGUCAUCACUGAUAAAGCAGGGAACAGUGAGGAGAUGAUCAAUGAAGAUGAUGAGAAAUUGAAGUAUCUGAAGAAUGAGUUGGGUGAUGAAGUUUACAAUGCUGUUAUAAAAGCUUUAAAGGAGAUAAAUGAGUACAACCCUAGUGGGAGGUACAUUAUAAGGGAAAUGUGGCAUUCUAAGGAGAACAGAAGGGCAACAUUAAGGGAAGGAUCGGAAUUUUUAUUGAAGAAGUGGAAGACGCUGAAAGGGAGAAAAACCUGAGGUUGAGCGCCUUUACUGCGGCUUCUUUACUUGUUAAUUGUUUUGAUAGAAGGAGAAGUUCUGGUGAAAGGCUUGGCAAUUAUUGAAUUAGUUAGCACUUAACACUUCUUAGAAUGUUGAUACAGUCUCUGUUUUUUAGCACUAUGAGAUGCUAACAUUAGGUUGAGUUUGUGACAGUUGUCGAUAUGAAAGAUGAAUACUUUCGUUUUGCCUAUUUUAUAUAGCAUCACCGCUUUAAAGUCA